UUUGUAAGUUCCCAAAUGAAUCUCUGGAUACCUCCCAACAAUGUGACUGAAUUUGUUCUCUUGGGACUCACACAGAAUCCACACUUGCAGAAAAUACUCUUUGUUGUCCUUUUACUUGUUUUCCUAUUCACGGUGCUGGCCAACCUGCUCAUUGUCAUCACCAUCUCCCUCAGCCCUACACUUUCUACUCCCAUGUACUUCUUUCUCACGCAUUUGUCCUUCAUAGAUGCCUCCUUCACAUCCGUCACCACCCCCAAAAUGGUCAUUGACCUGCUGUACCAGAAGAGAACCAUCUGCUGGGGUGGCUGCCUGACACAGCUCUUUGUGGGACACUUACUGGGAGGGUCAGAGACCAUCGUCCUCACUGUCAUGGCCUAUGACCGCUACGUGGCCAUCUGCAAGCCUCUGCACUACACGGCCAUCAUGCGACAGGGCCUCUGCCAGCUCCUGGUGGUGGUGACCUGGACCGGGGGCAUUCUGCAUGCCACUGUGCAGAUUAUUUUCACCAUGGACUUGACCUUCUGUGGUCCCAAUGUCAUUGAUCACUUCAUGUGUGAGUUCUUCUCACUGUUGGAACUUUCCUGCAGUGACACCUACAAGCUUGGAAUCGUGGUAGCAGCUAACACAGGGGGCAUGUGCUUGCUUAUUUUUUUCAUGCUGCUCAUCUCCUAUAUAGUCAUCCUGAGCUCCCUGAAAUCCCAUGGCUCUGAAGGACGACACAAAGCCUUCUCUACAUGCGGUGCCCACUUUACAGUAGUGGUGCUCUUUUUUGUCCCUUGUAUAUUCACCUACCUGCGUCCUGUGGCCACUUACCCUGUGGACAAGUUGGUGACUGUGUUCUUUGCAAUCCUCUGUCCCAUGUUAAAUCCUAUCAUUUACACAGUGAGAAACACAGAGGUGAAAAAUGCAAUGAGGAGUUUACUGAAGAGGAGAGUAACUUAG